AUGCCGCAGCUCGAUCUGGUUUCCCUCUUCCGCCUCGUCGACGCCGGCGAGCCAAGACCGAAGCUCGCCUGCGAGACCACCGCGGUCGCAGCCUCCUACCCGGACGGCCGGGCAGAGUCGCUGCGGGUGAGCUGGGCCUGGUCGGGGCGGGCCGGCGCGGUGCUGGAGCGGGGCGGGUCCACCAAGGGGAGCUCCAACCCCAAGGCGGCCGCCGAGGCGGAGGCGCGCAAGGGCGCGCCAAAGCCCAGGAGGCCGCCGGGGCCCCCGGCCAUCGUCAUCGGCGUUCUGCCCGCGGGCAAGAUGGCCGUGCAGCAGCGGCGCCCUCCCGUUCUCGGCCGCGGCUGGCGCCGGCCGGCGGGAGGCGCCAGGGUCUUCGCGAGCGAGGCCGUGGAGGCCGAGGAGCCGUCGUCCCCGAAGGUGUCGUGCUUCGGCGCCGUGCGGGCCGAGAGCCGCGCGGCGGCGCAUGCGCCUGCGCCUGCGCCGCGUGGGGAGGACGAGCAGCUGGCUGAGGAGCGGAGCGGGUGCUGGGCGAGCGUCGCUGCCUCGCUUCGUGGCAUUUGCCGCUCGGACAAUCGUGAAGAAGGUGAAUUGCCAGCGAGCGAAUCGGAGGCCACGGCGUCGGAGUCACCGACGACGGCGGCCGUUGUGUCGCCGCCGCUUCCAAUUCCGGGGCUGGGAGACGUGAAGCGCCUUGCUUCGCGGCGGUGGCCGGAGGGCAUGGCAGGAUUAGAGCGGUGA